AUGUUUCAACCACGAAUUGCCCUCCGGGGCAUUCGGCUGCCCUUCAGGUGUUUACCUACGGUUCCUACUGUGCCGACUCGCCGAUUUGCGACAGUCAUCAACGAGCUAGAGACAACUUCCGACAAGGUGUCGACUCCUGCAUCCGACUUCAGCGCCUCCUUUGCCCCUCCGCCGACUCGCGACUCCGGGGUUCAGCUUCGCACAUAUACUCCUCGCACACCCGGUGUACGACACUUGCGGCGGCCAGUUAACGACCACCUGUGGAAGGGUCGCCCGGUGCAUCGAUUGACUUUCCCCAAGCGUGGUCACGCGAAGGGUGGUCGUAACAAUAGCGGCCGUGUCACAGUCCGUCAUCACGGAGGUGGCCACAAGCGUCGGAUACGGACGGUGGAUUUCAUGCGGACGGACGCCGGACCUCAUCUGGUGGAGCGCAUUGAGUAUGACCCAGGCCGGAGCGCACACAUUGCGCUGGUUCGAAGCAAAGAGACCACCAAGUUGAGCUAUAUUCUCGCGGCAGAUGGCAUGCGGGCUGGUGACGUCGUGCAGAGCUACAUGUCUGGAAUCCCCGAGGACCUGUGGAAAAGUAUGGGCGGGACUGUCGACCCUGGUGUUCUGGCCGCACGAACUGCCUGGCGCGGAAACUGCCUGCCUCUGCACAUGAUCCCAGUCGGGACUCUCAUCUUCAACGUAGGACUGCGCGCCGGGAAGGGGGCUCAGCUGUGCCGGAGUGCCGGAACCCAUGCAACUGUGGUCGCCAAGGGUAGCGACUCUCGGCAGCAGGAGAUUGAGUCUGACCAGCCUGAGGAGGAGGAGAAGAAGCCUUUGACUCUGCGUGAAAAACAGAAACAGGAGCGUCUGGCUCAGCACAUUACUGUUCGCUUGUCCAGCGGCGAGACCCGCCUCCUCCACAAGGACUGCUGUGCUACCAUUGGUAUUGCCAGCAACCCCAACUACCACUACACUCAGCUAGGCAAGGCUGGUCGCUCCCGCUGGCUCAACAUCCGCCCCACUGUCCGUGGUUUGGCCAUGAACGCCAUGGACCACCCCCACGGUGGUGGUCGUGGUAAGUCCAAGGGUAACGUCGACCCGAAGAGUCCCUGGGGUAUUCCGACCAAGUCGGGCUAUAAGACUCGUCCCAAGUGGAAGAUCAACAAGGCUGUCGUGCACCCGAGACCUCGCAACCAGGGCCAACGCCGCCGCGGAUACAACUAG